CAUAUAACUCUUCUGGGUUUUCUGCCAUCUCUUUCUUUCUGCAAAUUUCCUUUUGGGUUUGUUGCAGAGAAGCCCCCUUUUUUUUUUUGUUCUUACACCCAGUUGUAUAUGCUUACAGAUUUUUUUACAGAACAAUCAUAUUUCACAAUUUUCUUGAAUUUUUGUGUGUGUGUGUGAAUAAAUAAGUUAUUUAAGUCAAACUUUCUUCGAAUUCUCUCUUUUACUCUAGAACCAAAUAUUUAAAUAAAUAAAGAGGAAAAGAAAAGGAAGAGAGAGAGACAUGGGGAAGCAUGGACCUUGCUGUCACUGUGGAGUUGCAAGCACUCCUCUUUGGCGUAAUGGGCCUCCUGAUAAACCAGUAUUAUGCAAUGCAUGUGGAUCGCGAUGGAGGACGAAGGGAACGCUUGCAAACUAUACCCCUUUGCAUGCUCGGGCUGAUCCUGAUGAAUAUGAAGAUAACAGGGUUUCCAGAGUGAAGAGCAUUUCAAUAAAUAAAAACAAAGAAGUGAAACUGCUAAAGAGAAAGCUGCAACAAGCAGAUGGAUCAAUUGAGUGGAAUUUUCCCGAUCAAUGUCGGGGUUUCCAUAGAGUUUUGGAUGAAGACGCAAGCAAUAGAUCCAGUUCCGGAUCAGCCAUAUCUAAUACUGAGAGCUGUGCCCAUUUCAGCAGUGCGGAUGCAAGCGAUUUGACAGGUCCUGCUCAAUCAAUAGUAUGGGAGACCAUGGUGCCUUCCAGGAAGAGGACCUGCGUGAGUCGUCCAAAGCAAUCGCCGGUUGAAAAACUAACUAAAGAUCUAUAUUCUAUUUUACAUGAGCAGAGAUCUUCCUAUUUCUCCGGAACGUCUGAGGAUGAUCUGCUUUUUGAGAGUGAAAAACCUAUGGUCUCUGUUGAGAUAGGUCAUGGAAGCAUUCUCAUUAAGCAUCCAAGCUCGAUAGCUCGAGAAGAGGAAUCUGAAGCUAGCUCGGUGUCAGUUGAUAACAAGCAAUACUUGGUGAAUGAGGUCCACUCCCCCCAUUCUGCAACUGUUCGUGUACGUGGAGAAAACAAGGGUAUGAAUUUUCCGACAUCUAGGAUUGGGAAGAUGAAGAAUCCUUCUGGAUCAGGGGUACAACAAGAACAGAUGAAAAGGGACGACUCUCAUCUCGAAAAUUUACAAAUUCUUGGAAACCAUAACUCGCCCUUAUGCGAUGUAGAUAUAAAUGACGUUAUAAACUUCGGAGAGUUUGGGAGACAACUGACAAAUGAAGAACAACAGCAAUUAAUGAAGUAUCUACCACAGGUCGAUGUCGCUGAACUUCCCGAGACCCUCAAGAGCAUGUUUGACAGCUCCUAUUUCAAGGAGAAUUUAACUUCCUUCCAACAACUGCUCAGGGAGGGCGUUUUCGAUGUCUCCUUCCUGGGGACGAAGACUGAAGACUGCAAGACUCUGAAAAGGCUUGUACUAUAUAAUUCUUCAGAAUCCAAAUGGGUCGAACGAUAUCAUCAACUAAAGAAGUGUAAAAAUGGUUGCAAAGGAUCUUUUCUUUCCAAUGCCAAUGCAUCGGCAUCGAGUAACUUCAUGAAUGUUAAGCGAUUGCGUGAGAGCUACAAUCAAAAUAUUCCAGAGGUAAAGACUAUCAUGAAGAGUCCCAAAAGGUUGGUGAUGAAGGAAAAUAAGGAUCCUGGAGAGAAUGAUGGUUCUUGCUUCAGUCCUAGAAGCUUAUUUGCCUUGCCUCCGGAUGGAAGCUCCCUCAUGCUUGAAUCUUUAAAUUUCGCCGAAGCAAGUUCAGAUCAAGAUCUGUUGCUCGAUGUGCGGUCAAAUAGCUCGUUCCCGCAGGCCGAGCUCCUUCACCCGACCUCUCGCUCUGGGGGUAGGCAGGCCAGCACAUGUAGUAGCUCAGUUCACCCCCAUCUUGUUCAUCACUAACAAGUGUAUUUUCCAUUCAUAACAAGUGUGCCUGGCUGGGACUUGCUCGUUCUGGCGCUGUAAAAUAAAUGUUGGUAAAUGAGGUCGAAUGGCGGGUUAUGUUUCUCUUCACUUCACCCUUUGAAGUUUGAGUGAUGGAAACAUGAAUAUUUGGGUGAAAAUUUUGUAUAGGUUAACACAAGAUUUGUAAAAUAUAUACUUAUAAUUUUUAAGUGAUGUAGAAUGAUAGUUUCAACAUCUUUGAAUGCAAGGCAGUUUGAGUUUUGGGUGAA